CUUUUAAAUAUAUAGGAGAGGAAGAUUUCUAUAUUAUUAUAGUCUGCAAAUAGAAGUGACCUCAAUGAACUUAAAAGCUUUGGAGAAGCUCAAGGACCUUUACCGUGAUAUUGCACAGGUACCUUUACCGCAGAAUGCGCGCUUACGAUGUCAAGGCAAAUAUUUUGAAAUUUCUUCAGUUUGGACGAAUCGCUCAGUAGAGUUGAAGAAAACGGUGAAAAUGCAGCGUUCAAGUUUGAUCGUACCAAAAGCUGGUGAACCGAAUAUGUACGAGCUCAUUUCGACAAUAUCACUACCUCUCACUGGCAUAGAGGAAGAACUAAUAGCUUUUUCCCACAGCGAUUCAAGAUGCGCCACGCUUAUCACUUUACCUGAUGGUAAGGAAAAAAAGCAAUACAUUAAGGUAUUUGAUCAAAGGGAGCAUAUUGAAAUUUGCUGUACUGAUUUAACAUCACCAAAAAAACAUGGUCUGAUUUACAUUGAUGAAGAAUUCGGUGGUUUGAAAUGGUCCAAUGGCGAGGGUCAUUUGUUAUAUGCGGCCGAAAAAUUUGUUAAAAAAAAGGAAUACUACGAUACCGAAUUGGACUGGGCUAACGAAGAGAACUUCCUCAAUUUUAAUGUUGGCGAUAAGUAUGAGCUUAUUGAAAACUGGGGCGAACAACGAUAUGAAAUUCGGCAACCAGUGCUAUCUGUAUUUGACGUUAUGAGUGGCAAUAUCACCGUACUGGAUCAGAUGCCUGACUCUAUCACUCCUACUUUUUGUGUUUGGGGUCCAAACGAUGAAGGAAUUGUGUUUUUUGGGAUUCAGAAUGCUCCAGUCAAAUUGGGAAAGAUAUACUGCAAUAACAGAGGAGGGACGUUAUUCUAUUACGAGUUCGCUUCAGCAAAACUAACUCCAUUAAGUGAUAAAAAUGUCUCAGUUGAAGGAUUAUCAUUUUCUCCAGAUAAAUCUAAACUGAUUUAUUUUCAACGCCAACCUGGAGGACCUCAUUUUGCGUCAGUUACCUGUCAGUUGGUGAACUGGAAUAAAACCGAACAACAACUACUGGUCCCAAUUGUCACUACAGUCAGCGAUCGUGAACAGUUCCCUGGACUUUAUGCUGUGCAGUUAGCGGGGAGACCGUGGUCCAGUGACAAUAAACGAAUAUUUGUUUCAACCAUGUGGGGUUCUAAAAGAGAAAUUGUAACCAUAAAUACGGAAACAGGAAAAUUGGACAAAAUUACGAAUAACGAUACUUUCCAUGGAAGUUGGACAAUACUUGAUGUAAAUGAAGAUUGUUUGGUAGUGGUUUGUAGUGCGCCAAACCGUCCUCCAACUAUCCUUGUUGGUCAUGUUCCAAAAGUUGAUUCGAGAGAAAUGAUUAUAUGGACUAGUCUUGAUAAUAGUUCAACUUUUGAAAUUCACUUAAAAUUGCUCGAUUUUACAUGGCAACUAGUGGAUUUCGAUAGAGGAGUUCGAGGUUCAUAUGAAGGCCUACUGUAUAUUCCAAGUGAAACCGAUGUUGUUCCACUAGUUGUAAUGCCUCAUGGUGGACCGCAUAGCGCCACAAUUGCUUGUUGGCCGAGUCGUGAGAUCCUUUUGUUGUUGAAUUCCGGUUAUGCACUGCUUUUUGUUAAUUAUCAUGGGUCACUUGGAUUUGGUAAUGAUUUUGUGAAUUCACUGCCUGGUAACUGCGGUGAUCUGGACGUUAAGGAUGUUCAUUUUGCUGUUCAAACAGUGUUAAACAUGGAAUCAAGAUUAGAUCGUUCAAGAGUUGCAGUGUGUGGCGGUUCACAUGGUGGUUUUAUUGUCAGCCAUCUGAUUGGGCAAUUUCCCGACUGCUACAAAGUGUGCAUUGCUCGAAAUCCUGUUUUAAAUAUUACAGCCAUGUACGAUUUGUCUGACAUCCCUGAUUGGUCAGUAGUAGAGGCUCUUGGUCGAAAUGCAGAUGAUUGGCAGAAGAUGUUGACGGCAGAAGACCGUGAAAGAAUGUACCAGAGUUCGCCGAUUGCUCACGUUGAAAAGGUUGUCACACCAUACUUACUUUUGAAUGGUGAAAAAGAUUUACGUGUUGUGAACCAUUAUCGCGCUUUCAUGCGUAACCUGAAUGCACGCCAAGUUCCUAAUAAAAUUCUGUCCUAUCCGCAAGCGUACCAUUCCUUGGAAGAAGUUGACGUGGAGGCAGAUUGCGCAAUCAAUACCGUUCGUUGGCUCAAUAAGUAUCUCAAUCAGUGAUUUCGUUUCCUCCAAUUAUCUUUUUUGCUGAGCUUCCCAGUUGUUUAGUUAGUCAGUAAUCUGGCUGAAAAUAACUGGAUGGUAUUUUGAAUGUGAUUUUAACAUUACUUUUAGGCCAUCGAAAUUUCUUUAAUAUCAUGAGUUCCUCAAACGGUACUCCAUAAUGUUGAUAGCAGCUAUCCCUUCAUUUUGUAGAAAUGAACUUAACCAGUUACGGUUGUUUAACUGAAGCUUGGAUUACCUAAAAACCGCAAAAUAAUGAAACAGCUGCUAUUAACAUUGUGGAGUAUCGUUUAGGAAGUUCGCGAUGGCAUUACAAGGACUUUCGAGUUUCUUGAAAAGUCAAAGUUUAAGGUUCUUUGCAAACCCUGAAAUAAUAGAAGUGUUACGGAUAACUGGAGAUGUGAAAGUUCUGCAUUUAUUUUCCUUACAUGUUAUUUGAUGCUUACUAUAAGUUUUUUGUGGUUUGUUUCAUAUUUUGUAAUUUAUUAAGAUAGCAGGGCAUUCAAAUAAUGUCUCUAUCUCUUCAUGGAAGCUUCUGAGUGGUAACGCUGAUAGAAUGCAAGUAGAUGCUCUUCCACAAUUGUUUUCUAUAUCUUUUUUCGUUAUUUUCCAAAAUGCUACAUUUUUCUACAUUUAUGAUGUUUUUCUAAAUAUGCUGAGUAAAUAAAGCACAAACUAUAAGGGA